CGGGAGGCGGGAAAGCUCCGACUGUGCAGAUUUGGCGCGAGCGCUCCUGGGCUUUCCUGCUGCGCCGUGUAGUUGGGAAGCUUGUGGUGGAGAAUCCCUGGAGCCGUGUGCGAGAUACGCGAAGAAGAGACGGUGCUGAGGUGACGCGGCCUUUGUGUCUUCAUCAUGCCUCAAACACGAUCCCAAUCACAGGCCACAAUAUGCUUUCCAAAAAGGAAGCUGUCUCGGACGUUGGACAAAGCUAAACACUCCAGUGACACCAAGCUAGAGCUGACAAAUGUCCAGGCCAUACCCCAUACUCCUCGUGUGAAAAUUCUGCCUCUCAGCCCCAGAAAACGUUUGGGUGAUGACAACCUGUGCAACACUCCCCACUUACCUUCCUGCUCUCCACCAAAGCAAGGAAAGAAAGAGAAUGGUCCCCCUCGCUCACAUACAUCUAAGGGGCGCAGAUUGAUAUUUGACAAUCAACUGGCAACUAAAUCUCCUAGCAAAAGAGAACAAACCAGAGUUCGCCAAAACAAAAUACAUACCUCAGCCCAAAAAGGUCAAGAGAUUACAACAAAUACUGAGCAGAGAUGUCCACCAGAGAAGGAAUCUACAUAUGUGAGACUGUUCAAGCAAGAAGGCACUUGCUACCAACAAGCAAAGCUGGUCCUGAAUACAGCUGUCCCGGAUCGGCUGCCUGCCAGGGAAAAGGAGAUGAAUGUCAUCAGGGAUUUCCUGAGGGAGCACAUCUGUGGGAAGAAAGCUGGAAGUCUUUAUCUUUCUGGUGCUCCUGGAACUGGAAAAACUGCCUGCUUAAGCCGAAUUCUACAAGACUUCAAGAAAGAGCUGAAAGACUUUAAAACUAUCAUGCUGAAUUGCAUGUCCUUGAGGAGUGCCCAGGCUGUCUUCCCAGCUAUUGCUCAGGAGAUUUGUCAGGAAGGAGUAUCCAAGCCAGCUGGGAAGGACAUGAUGAGGAAACUAGAAAACCAUAUGACUGUGGAGAAGGGCCCCAUGAUUGUGUUGGUGUUGGAUGAGAUGGAUCAGCUGGACAGCAAAGGGCAGGAUGUAUUGUACACACUGUUUGAAUGGCCAUGGCUGAGCAACUCGCGACUGGUGCUCAUUGGUAUUGCUAAUACCCUGGAUCUCACGGACAGAAUUUUGCCAAGGCUUCAAGCUAGAGAAAAAUGUAAGCCACAACUAUUGAACUUUCCACCAUACACCAAAAAUCAGAUCGCCACUAUCUUGCAGGAUCGACUAAGUAAGGUCUCUAGAGAUCAGAUUCUGGACGAUGCUGCGAUUCAGUUUUGUGCCCGAAAAGUCUCUGCUGUUUCCGGGGAUGUUCGAAAAGCACUAGAUAUUUGCAGGAGAGCUAUUGAAAUUGUAGAGUCGGAUGUCAAAAGCCAGACUAUCCUCAAACCACUGUCUGAAUGUAAAUCACCCUCUGAGUCACUGGUUCCCAAGCGGGUUAAUCUUGUUCACAUAUCCCAAGUCAUAUCAGAAGUUGAUGGCAGCAGAAUGACUUUGAACCAACAAGGAGCACAAGAUUCCUUCCCUCUUCAGCAGAAGAUCUUGGUCUGCUCUUUGCUGCUCUUGACCAGGCAGUUGAAAAUCAAAGAGGUCCCUCUGGGGAAGUUAUAUGAUGCCUAUAGUAACGUCUGUCGCAAACAGCAGGUGGCAGCUGUGGACCAGUCGGAGUGUUUGUCACUUUCAGGGCUCUUGGAGGCCAGGGGCAUUUUAGGAUUAAAGAAAAACAAGGAGACACGCUUCUCAAAGGUGUCCUUGAAGAUUGAAGAGGAGGAAAUAGAGCAUGCUCUGAAAGACAGAGCUUUAAUUGGAAAUAUCUUAGCCUCUGGAUUACCUUAAAUUCUUUUAUUUUAUACUAAUCCAUCUGAAAGUAUCCAGCUGACAUUUAGAGAGCUGUGGAGUCUCCAUUUUAGUGUGUUAUUAUACACUGAGGUCUGAAAACAAGUAAGACCUUUUUUACUUGAAACUGAUCAGUCUUAAUCUAUCAAUUUAUGAAUAUUAGCACAAAAUAAUAUCUUUGGGUCUUAAUUGUUUUUACACAUUAAAAAUGACCAAGUAGACCCUUUUUAAUUAUGUUCACUACCUCUACCACUUGUGUGUCUGUAAGCAAUAUGCUUCUAAGUGUAUGUGCAUAUAUUCACUUCUUUGUUUCCUCAAACCAUUGGUAUUUUUUUAAGAACUUUGGGACUAGAGGAAGAAGAAUGAAAAAGGAUAAUCCAGGAAAAUAAACAAGUCCACAUGGAGACUUGGAGGACACUUUAAUCAGAAAAAUUUCUUUUUGGAGUAUACCGUGUUCAUAUUGCAGAUACUUCCACAUUGUGACAUUUUAAAGACUCAUUGAGUUUCUUGGGCAUUCCCAAGGCCAUGGGGGUGGUAAGGAGAAUGUAACUACAGAUUGUGAACAUAUUUAUUUUCAUGUGGCAUUCUUUGUUUUUUUAAGCGUUUCAAGAGCGCAAAAGUUUUCAGAAGGCAAUGUGAAAAUCCCUCCCCGAACUGUCCCCAUAGUCUCAGCUGUCUUCAGAUAAAGCCGCUUGUUUCAAGGUGCCUUAGUCCGGGGUUGUGUUUUCAUCUGAACCUCAUGUUUUUCUACUCUUGUUAGAUAAAUUAAUCCAUAUGGUUUACUCAAGUCCCUGUGUCUGUGUUUUGUUGCCAGUAGCAUUAAAUGGCAAUUUGUGAUGGGGACACCAGAGGGCACCAUUAUAACAC